GUAGACUAUUACUUCCGGUAAAUUGUAAAUUUUCUUAAAAAAACUGCAUUUUUUAAGUAACAGAGUAUAUACCGAUAUUAUCAUUACACAAAUGUAUAAUAUAUAAUCCGAUGAUCAGCUAAACUGGAAAUGAGCAGUACAACAAAGCAUUUAUAAUAGUCCUAAACCUGAUGAUAGACGACCCCCUAAUUGUACUUAUGUUGCUAUGGCAGUGAGGGAUCCGUAUGGGGAAGAACUAGAAUCACUCCUGGCCAGUUCUAUGGAGGAUCCGGAAACCGCUUCAACAUCUUACGGAAUUCGGAGCAGUAAUGGGGCCUCUUUAAGGGGUCGGCACCAAAGCAGUGACGAGGAACUUCUGGACUCGGUGAUGGCUCGAGAGCAACACUUGGACACCUCUGCUGGGUUCGCGAACAAAAACAUGGAGUCUGAUAGAUUCCAAGGGUCCAAUAUUAUGGACACGCUUGAAGACCUGCCACCCGGUAUUGGUCAAUACGAGGAUUUCCACACGAUUGAUUGGCUACGUGACGUCGCACGUGACCGCACACGACAUCGUCAGGUGAUAAAGAAGAAACAAGAUGGCUUUAUAGAAAGUGUGAAGGGAGCACAUGAUGCCUGGUCGGGCUGGAUGUGCGUUCUGCUUGUGGGCCUGGCAACAGGUUCACUGGCUGGUAUAAUAGACAUAGGUGCCUCCUGGCUAUCUGACAUCAAGGAGGGUAUAUGUCGGGACGCGUUCUGGUUGAACAAAGAGCAGUGCUGCUGGUCGGCAAAUGACACAAAUAUUGAGGAAGCGUCAUGCUCACAGUGGUACACAUGGGCCAAGAUGAUGGGUGUUUCAUCUGAUGGGGGGUCGUACAUUACCAGCUACAUUUUUUACAUCCUGUGGGGCUGUAUGUUUGCGCUGAUGGCUGCCAUGUUUGUCCGUGUGUUCGCACCAUAUGCCUGUGGAUCAGGUAUCCCUGAGAUUAAAACCAUCCUGAGCGGCUUCAUCAUUCGUGGGUACCUGGGCAAGUGGACGCUACUCACCAAGUCCAUCGGUAUGAUGUUAUCUGUGGCAUCGGGACUCAGCCUCGGCAAGGAGGGGCCGUACGUACACGUCGCAUGCUGCUGGGGAAAUAUAUUCUCGUACCUUUUUCCGAAAUACGGCAGCAAUGAGGCAAAGAAGAGAGAGGUGUUGUCUGCAGCCUCAGCAGCAGGUGUGAGUGUUGCGUUUGGUGCUCCGAUUGGUGGCGUGCUCUUCAGCUUGGAGGAGGUCAGCUAUUACUUCCCUUUGAAGACAUUAUGGCGAUCAUUCUUCUGUGCGUUAGCAGCAGCGUUUGUUCUCCGUUCCAUCAACCCAUUUGGCAACGAUCAUCUGGUCAUGUUCUAUAUAGAAUAUAACGAGCCCUGGUAUCUACAGGAGCUUAUACCAUUUGUACUUAUAGGGGCAUUAGGGGGUUUAUAUGGUAGUUUAUUUAUUCAUAUGAAUCUAAAAUGGUGCAGAUACAGGAAAUCUACGUCACUGGGAAAAUACCCGAUUAUAGAGGUGUUAGUUGUAGCAUUUAUAACAACAUUGUUGAGUUUUCCCAACCCAUACACGCGGAUGAACACCAGCGAGAUGAUUCGUCAGCUCGUUAGUAGAUGUGGGCCGGAGGAUAAUACCGAUCUAUGUGGUUACCAGAGGAACUUCACAGACCCCCAGGCGUACACGUCCAAUGCCCCAGUGGGAGAGGGGGUGAGACGUGCCUUGUGGCAGCUCUUCCUUGCCAUGGUGUUCAAGGGCAUCAUCACCAUCUUCACAUUUGGCAUGAAGGUGCCAUCUGGUCUGUUCAUUCCAAGUAUGGCUGUGGGGGCGAUCAUGGGCCGCAUCAUCGGUAUCGGCAUGGAACAGCUUGUUCUAGCCUACGCAGACAGCCCAGUGUUCAAGAACAUGUGUCAGGGUGGAUGUAUGGUCACCCCAGGGCUCUAUGCCAUGGUUGGGGCGGCGGCUGCACUGGGAGGGGUCACCAGGAUGACGGUAUCUCUGGUGGUGAUAAUGUUUGAGCUGACAGGUGGACUACAGUACAUCGUGCCUCUCAUGUUAGCUGUAUUGGCUAGUAAAUGGGUUGGGGAUGCGCUCGGCAGACAGGGAAUCUAUGAUGCCCACAUCCGUCUGAACGGUUACCCGUACCUGGACAACAAGGAAGAGUUUACUCACACCACCAUUGCUGCUGACGUCAUGAGGCCAAGAUGUUGGCGUUAUGGUCUAGAAGUGAGGAAUGAUCCACCUCUGUGUGUUAUCACUCAAGAAACAAUGACUUUGGAACAAAUGGAGAACCUGCUGAAGGACACAGAACACAAUGGUUUCCCAGUGGUUGUUUCCAUGGAGUCACAGUACCUUGUUGGCUUUGUUACACGCAGGGACCUGCAACUGGCUAUAGCGAAUGCCCGUAAGAACAUAGAUGGUGUCGUGAGUGACUCUAUCGUGUACUUCACCAGUCAGGUGCCCAGCAACAUUCCCGGCCCCACCCCCCUCAAACUACGCAGAAUCCUUGACCUGGCUCCAGUGACGAUCACUGACCAGACUCCGAUGGAAACCGUGGUUGAAAUGUUCCGGAAACUUGGCCUCAGGCAGACACUAGUCACUGUUAAUGGACGUCUGCUCGGAAUCAUUACGAAGAAAGACGUAUUGCGGCACAUUGUACAGCUGCAGAAUCAGGACCCAGACUCCAUCUUGUUUAACUGAGUUGCCAUGGGGACAACAUACACUUCCUGCUGUGGUCAUGUGACUUGCGCUAUGUCAUGUGACACUGGGUUUUGGAUCUAAAAGUAGAUGGAAAGGUGUAUUAACUUAGAAAUAGAAUGAACAAUUUUCUGAUCUAAAAAUAGUGCAAAAAAAAAAAUGAACUGACCUUAAAAAGUUUUGCAUUUAUGUACCAACAAGGAGUAUUUCAAAGAGGUACAUUUUCCAAAAAGUGACAAGAUGCAUUGACGAGGCAAAUGUUGAGGCUACAAAGCAUUUAGAGUAAAAACAAUGCGAAAGAAAGUGAUCGUUAUAUUAAUGAUGGAGAGAUGAAUUUUACUUGGAACCUUAUCAUAGAUCUGUGACAUACCCCUGGUAUUUGUAAUAUUGUGUGUGUAAUCUCCAUUUGAGUACAUGUAUGUUGCUGUGUGGUGAAUUUUGAAUUAUUUCUAAGCAAUAUUUGAACACCGCAAUUGUGAAAAUCAGCGUCAUUAUUUUUGAUGCUACGUAUAUAUUUGCAUCAUCGGAUAUACUUGGGCUCAGCACUUCAUUACACUCUCUGCUCUGUCAUGUACCAUUAGGACAAUUGACUGGCAAAGCCUUGUUUUCUCAAUAAGCAAGCUGUUAUUUUUAAAGAAAAAACAUUCUUUAUUGUCGUUGAAAAAUCCUCAAUAGCCACUCUUCAUGUUGAAAUGGUGGACUGCAAAGAAUAUUGUUAUGUAGGUUUGAGUGUUACAAAAGUUAUUAAAACAAAACUUUGUCAGUCUGUUAACCCAUGAUUCUUGUGUUAAUGAAAUGUGUUCAGUGAGUGCACACAAUUGUAUAUUUGUUAAACAAACAUGGGGCCAUUUCAAUAAAGUCGAUAAUCGGAGUCAAUUUUACUCAUAAAUUGAAACUAUCUUAGUUCCGAAGUUUCAUUGUUUUGCUAUAUAUUUGUGUGAAUUCAACUAAUGCAAACAUUGAAAAAGACCACGAAGUUGAGGAAGAAAAUCAAAGUACUGCCCUUUGUGACAUUUAUACAGAUUUCAGAUAAUUUAAGUUUCGACUAAAAUCCUUUAUUGGAACAGCCCCUAGUAAUACAAGUCAGAUCAGUUCAUGACAUACUGUGCAAUUUUAGCUUUUGGUGUAUUCACUAUACAUUCAAAUUAUCACAAUUCAAGAAUAUGUCUCAUACAAUAUCUGCUCAUGUUGUCUGAAGACAGACAAAUGCAUAAUGUUUUUGAAUGAGUUUAAACAAGAUUGGUCAUCAACACAUCUAAGAAUGGUGUCUGUAAAGUUACAACACUAUAUCGUACACCAAGGAAACCUUGUCAGCAAGAGUGCUUUUUUAACCGUUUGACGAUAUGAAUAUACAAAGAUUUACCAGAACAAUUAAGAAAGCCUUCCUGAUCUUGAUGAAAAAGCAAUUGUUCUUAUUAAAUGUAAUGUAACUCCAAAAAUUGCAAAAUAAUUGGUAUACAUGAAUUCAAUUUGGAUGCUACACGCCAAGCUCAUGUUUUUGUUUUUUCUUUCUGUUUACAGAAUGCAAUGUUGAUAAAUCGUUACUAGUAUAUAAGACUUGCUUCAAACACUGAAAUCAUUCCAUUUGUUUUGUUUUUGUUUAUCUGGAACAUUUUGUUUAAGCAUGGUAUAUACAGUCUGUUUAUAGAGUCGCCUGCAAAGCAUGAAGACACAGAGGGACUACUUUGUUGUGAGUCACUGUCCACGGUGUCAAACUUUUUUUGAUCAAUAACUUAUGAAUUACUUGUUGAAGAGUUGUUUGUACUUGGUAUGCAUGUUUACCAUGAUAAGUAGAUCGUCUCUAUGGAUUUUGAGGUGAGUAGGUCAAAGUUCAAGGUCAAGGUGACCUUUAAUACUCAUGACAGGUGAUACAUCUGAUUCCGGAAAUUCUAUUUAUAAUUAUUAAAUUCUAUAUAUUUACCUUAUAUUUUAUCUUUAUAGACAUUACCUCAUUUACUCACAGUAUGUAUGUGUAUAUUCCCAAUUCCCCAUGUUGUUUAUUACAUAAGGCCUAAGAAAAAAAUGGGUUUAUUUCUGGUUAUGUCCUGAAAAAAAUAUAUGUGCAAAAAAGUACCUUAAAAUAAAACUAAUUUUUAUCAUAACAGUUCAGAAUAACACUCAUAUUGAUUUAUUAAUUCAAAAUCCCUCAGCACCCUUUUGGAUAAGUUAUUUAAAAAAAAAAAAUUAUAGUCAGAGUUAAAAAAAAUCUGUUCAGAAACCUAUUUUUUGCUUCGGCCUUAAAAUCAUACUUUAUUAUAUUGUAUUCAGAUCUAUACCAUUUUUGUGAUACAUUACAUUUCUAAGACAUUAUACAUAAAUGAGCAUAAAUUUUAUUUUUAAGAAGAGUAAAAACUUGAACCAUAAACAUAAUUAUGCAGUUAUUAUAGCAUUAAUUUGUGAACAAUUUUAUUUCAAGCGAGUGGUAACUUUUGUUACAGUUGUGUAGAUUAACAUCAAAAUAUUGUACUAGGAGAAUGAAUUAAUGAUUAACUAUUCGUUAAAUCAUCAGAAAAUAGUGCCACCAAAAUUUAAAAAAAAAUAAUGUCUCUUAUAUAUUGAUUUAUUGUUAUGAUUAAUAUUUACAAUAGUUAUGAAGUUUUAAUAAUUGAUUUCAUUACCUUCUCUGUGAUAAGUAUUGUACACAUGUUGGUUUGUUUUCUGUUAGUUGGAUCUUGUAUCUUAGUUAUAGUUAGAUGUGACAAUUGUUACAUUUUAGUAACAUGUUAUAUAAUUUUUUUCCAGAAUGAAAUUUUUCUCAUUUGUGUUAAUGCUCAGUUGCUAGAAAUUUUAUUUUUUUCAUUAGGAAAAAUAAAUAAAUUAGCCGAAUUUUCCAGACAUAGCCAAAAUAUUUGUGUUCUGUUCUUUCUUAAAACCCUUCCCGUUAAAAAGUUUGUAAUAAAAAUGAAUGUUAGAAAAUAAUUUUUGUUAUAUUGACUAAAAUAAAUGGUUUAGACUCUGAUCUGAGUUAUAUAAUUAUAAUGUUAAAUACUUGAAUAGUUUUAGCCUGGAAUUAUAAACUUUCUGGUUUUCCCCAGAUGUUACAUCAGAUGUAUCUGUUACAUGAACUUCAUUAUCUAACUUUGUAUUUGUUUAGACAUGGGAAAACCCAGUUGACAUGUGAUUUAUUCUGAUAUUUAAUAAAUUUUUGAUUAUGGUUUUUGAGAAUUUUCCUAUCAUUGGCAUGCUCCAUUAAGUACAAAUAAUUUUCUAUUUAUAAGGUUUAUGUUAAGUGAAGUUGUGACAAAAUCUGGUCAGUUUUUCUAUCCAUAACGAAGACACAUGACAGAUAUUAUUAAUCUAUUCAUUGAAAUAUCCAUUGUACCAGAAACGUGUGCUUGGAAUCCUGGAAAACCCUGCAAAGAUUGUAUUCCGGGUUACAACUAUUCGGGUUUUUAUAAUGUAUUCCAUAUUUAUUGUUGUGUAUAUGUGUUUUAUGUAAUACUCAUUGACUAGGUGUAUAUUGUAUUGUCAGCGAAGCUAGUGAAGAUGGUCAUGUUGUUCUUGUAUAACUUUAAGCUUUGUUGAGGCUUAUAUUAUAAUUAAGGAAUAAAAAAUCUUCCGACA